CACAGUCAGACAAGACAGCAGUUUUAAAAAGCAGCACCAGCACCAUCAUCCGCAGAUAGCUAGCAAGCUAAGUGCUGUUGGCAUACAGGCAAAUAACCGUUGAGUCUGUAAUUAGCUGUCAAAUGUCUGAUAUCCCCGUUGUCUCAGGCAUACAGUUGGACCUACAGAUCUAGGUUUGCUAGCUAACAUUAACAUAACAUCGCUUGCAAAGAUCAGCUAUAAACUGUAGCCUAGCUAGCUAGCUAGCGUUAGCUGGACGGAUUCUGGUUGGACAGGUUCCUAAACAAGAGACUCAUGUGACCGAGGACCAGUGUAUGCAGCACAUGAUCCGGGCCGGCUGAGACGGGAGGAGGCUUCAAUCAUUCACUUAAAAGGAGUUGUUGAAUAAUCAUGGCAGGCAAGUCCUCCCUGCUGAAAGUCAUCCUUUUGGGAGAUGGAGGUGUGGGGAAGAGCUCCCUCAUGAACCGCUAUGUCACCAACAAGUUUGACACGCACCUCUUUCACACGAUCGGCGUGGAGUUCCUCAACAAGGACCUGGAGGUAGAUGGGCACCUGGUCACCUUGCAGAUCUGGGACACAGCAGGCCAGGAGCGUUUCCGCAGCCUGAGGACUCCUUUCUACCGCGGCUCUGACUGCUGCCUGCUCACCUUCAGCGUUGACGACAACCAGAGCUUCCUGAACCUGGCCAACUGGAAGAAGGAGUUCAUCUACUACGCGGACGUCAAGGAGCCGGAGAAGUUUCCAUUCGUGGUGUUGGGGAACAAGGUGGAUGUUAUGGAGAGGCAGGUGUCCGCUGAGGACGCCCAGAAGUGGUGUCGUGAGAGCGGCAACUAUCCGUACUACGAGACCAGUGCCAAGAACUCCACCAACGUGGCGGUGGCGUUUGAGGAGGCAGUGCGGAGGGUCCUGGCCCUGGAGGAGAGGACGGACCACCUCAUCCCCACAGACACGGUGAACCUCCACAGGAAGCCGCGCUCGAGUGCUUCCUGCUGUUGACGACACCUGGAGUCGACGUCACUGAGGUUCGAGCUCAUCAGCGCUCUCCAAAGCCCAAGUCUAGUUCUUCUUGUUAUAAAACUUCACUCUGGAACGCCUAACCCGGCACUGUUGAGAUGAGCUUUUCUCCUGUUACUUACUAAAACAUCUCAUUUAAAUGUGUCCUUAAUAAUGAGAUUAUAAGUGUUCACAUUGGGAUUAUGAGGAGAAGAAUUAGGCCUUGGUGUUAGGUUGUUGCUUUCUCAUUAAAGUUGAAAAAACAGG